AUGCAUAGGUCGGCAAGCCCGUUGGCGUUAAAGGGGUACGAGGUGCUGUUCGCAUAUGAUGGUACACUUCCUGACCUGUAUUUUCCGAACUUUGAGCAUGGGCCUAUCGAUAUUGCUAAAGAUGGGCCUGUCAGUACAACUUCCUCAGCUCAACUCCCUAAGAGGUCAUGGAAACUGUUUAUUCCAAAUGCAUACCACCCAUUAUUGCUCCAGAAGCACCAGGAAAAUCUGCGUCGUACCAAAAAGGAUGUUGCAAGUGCCACAUCAGAGAUUCGGAGGCGGAGGAUAUAUGGACAAGAUAUUGCAGAGGAAGAUCAACUAGCAGCAAACCUUGAUUUCAUGAAGAUUAGGGUUUCUGAGCUGGAGAGGAACCAUCCGAUCCCAGUAGAUUUUAUGAUUGCUGAAGAGACUACCGUUUUGGUCAUAACUGGCCCGAAUACAGGGGGAAAACAAUCAGCUUGAAGACGGUUGGGCUGGCAGCGUUAAUGGCUAAGAUAGGUAAUUGAACAAUGAAGUUAAGAUCCUUUCACUUUGCGUGAUCAUAAGCUACCUUCAUAGGAUUUCUCAGA